UUGGUGGUUGAAGGGAGUGGAGAGCCUGAGAAAGGUCAGGAUGGCAGGCUGGUGUGACAUUGAGCCUGGAGUGGUCAAAGCAAUCCAGUUUGGGCCCCCCAGUGCCUAGGACAGUUGACCCCUUGAAUACCAGUGUGAAUGUGAAAGGAGGAGUAAGAGGUCUGCUCAUGUAGAAGCAAGGGCUGGUUCCGAAGAGCGAAGGUGGAUGCCAGAGUCCUGACCCUUGACUGGGACAGAAGAAUCCAUCUGCGAGAGACUCUUUUCAUAAGUUCAUACUGUAUGUGCCCCUGGGAGGGUGAAGCUGACAGGGGACUAAAGACCCAGUCUGAUACCACCUGGAGAGUAGGGGGCCCUGUGAGUUACCAGGAAGGUUCUGGGCCCCCUGAACUUCAUCUUCCAGAAGAGGCGCUGUGUACAGAUGGACCCAGACUGGCGUCACAUGUGUGCCCUCUGUUAGUAACUCGGAGCCUGCUCUGGAAUCCUUGGUUAGAACAAAAGUGAAAGUGAAAUGGGAGUGGAGAGUGCUUUCCCAGAAGGAUUUCACUAAUCUACCCUUCCCAAAACCAGCUCCAGUGAAGAGAGCUUUGCCUCUCUUUAUGACGGGGUAAGUCCUUGGCCCCUUCUUGGGUGUUUCUCCAUCCUUAUAAUGAAGGGGUUAGAGUGGACACAUAACCACAUAAUGGCAAUGGUAAUAAAAGCUAGGGUGGGGAAAGAUUGUCACUGGAUGAUCUUCAGCUCUGUUGCUACGUGCUGAAAGAGCUCCAGCCUGUGCUGGAUGGGAUGCCUGGAGUAAAUAAAUAGCAGUGCCUGGCAGCCCACUCAGAGUCCAGACUGAGGGAGAGCUGCGGAGUCUACAGGAAGGACAGGCCCAUAUGAAUGGCUGGGAUCCAGGCAAGCCACUGAUAUGUGAGAGAAGUAGUUUAUUUACAUUCUCCUCCCCCACCAGCCCCAAAGAGGAGGAAGUUGUCACAGUUAAAUAGAGCCAGGCACGCCAGCUCUUUACACAUCCGUCAAGACCAUGAGACAGAACCGGACACCAGAUCCCAGGCCUUUGCCGGUCCUGCUCCUGUGUGCCCAAUUGAUCUCUCACCUGGCUGGAGCCACACCUCUUCCUCAGGCCACUACCGCCGCUGCUGCUGGUGCCGCCACCGCCUCAGCUGGGAUCACAGAGGACCUCUGCCCCUCCUGUCUCCCAGCAACUAAGCAGUGUCCAGCAAUGGAGGUCACCUGGCCAGAACUGGAAGUUCCACUGAAUGGAAUGCUGACCUUGUCCUGUACCGCCUGCAGCCGCUUCCCCCACUUCAGCAUCCUCUACUGGCUGGGCAACGGUUCCUUCAUCGAACACCUCCCAGGUCGGCUGAGGGAGGGCAGCAUCAGGCGGGAGCACCAGGGUGCACGCACCCAGCUGCAGACAGCCCUCGUGGUAGAGGAGCUGAGUCCCGCACUGAGCAACACCAACUUCUCUUGUGUUUUUGCGGAUCCUGAGCAGACUGCCCAGCGUCAUGUUGUCCUGGGCCAGCUCUGGGUGAGAAACCUGAGUGGAGGUUUCCACGGACAGGAGCAGUAUGGGGAGGAUAGGGUGGGCUCUGCCCAGAGCGGCCUCCAGCUACCAUCCUCUGUGCCCCCAAGUGGAACACAGGAUGCAGGCAGGGGAGGCAUGGACUGGAGGAAGGUGACAAGAGAUGUUCCCCAUCCUUGAACCUGAACUUUGUCUGCCUUCGCUUCCCCAGGCUGGGCUGAGGACAGUUGUGCCCUGCACUCAAGAAGCCUUGCCCUCCAGCGGGUCCCCUCUGGAGGUGACCCCUCAAGACAGGUGAACUU